AUGAAGGUUUCUGGAGGUCUCACUAGUGGACGUGGGAUCAACAAUGAAGGUGUCGUAGCGCGUUGGAUCCUGGGCAUGCCAGCUGCUUAUGAGGUUAUAGACGCUUUCGAGACCUUUUGUGAAGUUAGAGCAUCAACAGUAGAGCAACAUACAGAUUGGAGACCAACUAGCAUAAGGAGAGAUACAGAAGAUUAUCUGCAAUUGAUGAAGUGGCUCAUCGCCCAUGAUCCUUUCGUAUUAACAUCUGGGCAGGAACUUAUGUCUAUCGCUGAUGGAUUAUGUGCUGGAGAGGGUGUAAAUUGUGACAGAGCCAGAGCAAUUGGAAUGGAAGCCAUGAGAGGAAUGAUCGGAAUGAAUGCUGGGGAUAUCAAACUGAAACGCUCAACACGAGUGAAAAGUCUGGCUGCGACAAAACGUGGAAUUGUCAUUAAUAAUGAAGUUGUAGCCGUCAACACAACCCUUUUGUUUCAGCGGAUUGCAGCGAUAAUAACGGAGGACAAUCAGUUGGCGAUCAGAUCGUUGAAUCACGAAUUAGCUCCUUUUCCACCUUCUUUAUUCGAUGAUAAUGGCAUUAUGAGAAAAUCCAAAAAAUCGGAACUCUACGCAGCCUUUGAUGAGCAGCCCAUGAGCAGCAUUGAGCUGAGCCAGUUCUUCGAGAAGGAUAUGCCAGUUGUCCUGGUCCAGGCUAAGUUCUUGUCAAAUGACAAAAACAAAGAAAGGCUCAUCGAUUUCUUGAGAGUUCACCUUACUAGUGCUGGGAUAGCAGUGAAACAAGCCCUCGAGGAUGCUGAUCGACUCAUUGCUACUACUGCCAUUGAAUAG